GAUACUUCUAAAAAAAUAGAAAGUGCAAGUAAAACGUGCAGCUUGCAGCUUUUGCGAGUUUGUUGUGAUAAAAAAAUAUAAAAAGCAUCGUAUUCUGUUUUUUAAAUCGCACAUACGAGAAAUGAGAUAACUUCGAAUGGAACUCUCGAAGCGUCAUCAAUUAAUUUGUAGCUCAUCUCCCAAUUGAUAUAAAAGAGUAUUUAUGUUUUAUUAUCUUCACAAAAUUUUUUGUUCUUAAAUGGAAUAUCUAACCUCACAUAUAAGGACAAUGCAUUUACGAUGACCAAUGUUUUUGGCUGUGGUGAAGGUAUUAACAGUGAGGACAGUAAUAAUGGACAGUCUAUUUACCCAAAAUGUUCUCGAUGAGGCAGAAGAUAUACCGCAAACAGACGAACCUGUUUGGAUUCUUGGCAAGAAAUACAAUGCUUUAAAAGAGCUCGAUAUGAUACGUAGAGACAUCCGAUCCAUGCUAUGGUUUACUUAUCGCAAAGGUUUUAUUCCCAUCGGCGGUUGUAGUUCCACAUUUACAUCUGACAAAGGUUGGGGCUGUAUGUUAAGAUGCGGUCAAAUGGUUCUUGCCCAAGCUUUAAUUACAUUACAUUUAGGUAAAGAUUGGCAAUGGAUGCCAGAAACAAAAAAUAGCACGUAUCUGAAAAUUUUAAGUCGUUUUGAAGAUAAAAGAGCUGCUGCUUUUUCCAUUCAUCAAAUUGCAUUAAUGGGUGCGUCGGAAGGAAAGGAAGUUGGACAAUGGUUUGGUCCUAAUACCAUUGCACAAGUAUUAAGAAAAUUAGUCGUAUAUGAUGAAUGGAGCUCCAUUAUUAUACAUGUUGCACUAGACAAUACACUAAUAAUUAAUGAUAUUUUGAGACAAUGCAAAGUAGAAGGCGGUAUGACACCUGAAAUAGAUGGAGAAAUACCUCUAAAGGCACCUAGCCAAUGGAAACCUUUGUUAUUAUUAAUCCCAUUGCGCCUUGGACUUAGUGAGAUCAAUCCUGUAUACAUUAAUGGACUUAAGACAUCAUUCAAAAUUGCACAAUCCUUGGGAGUGAUUGGAGGAAAACCCAAUCUUGCUUUAUAUUUCAUAGGCUGUGUGGGGGAUGAAGUGAUUUAUUUGGAUCCUCAUACUACACAAAAAUCAGGUAGUAUUGAAGACAAGAUGAAUGAAGAAGAAAUUGAAAUGGAUUCUACAUAUCACUGUAAAUCAGCUAGUCGUAUUCCUAUUACAAGCAUGGAUCCUUCUGUGGCGCUUUGCUUCUUCUGCACUACAGAAAAGGAAUUUAAAUCUUUAUGUAAGUCAAUGCAAGAAGAAUUAAUUUUGCCCGAGAAGCAACCAUUGUUUGAGCUCUGCAAAGAACGUUUGGCACAUUGGUCACCAACAGAUGAUGUUGCUUCUGAGGCAAUAGCAGCUUCUAGUCUUGUGGACUUUGAGCAUGUUGAGCGUCAAUAUGAUACGUCUGAUGAAGACUUUGAACUGCUUGGUUGACGUCCACCUAAACUACCUAAUAUUGCAACAAAUAUGUGAGAUAACAAUUGAUUAUUAUAUGUAGUAUAACGAUAGUAUUUUUAAAGUCAAUUUGUAUUUUUGACUACCGUCAUGCGAAACUUCGUAUAUGCGCGCGCGCGAGUGUGUAUAUAGUAUAUUUUAAACUUAUUGCAUUAUCCGCUAAUAACAAAUUCCUGAAAUCAUUUUGGAGACAAAAAUCUUAUAGUUAACUCGGUCAUUUGCAUUACAUCACACUAGUGCAUAUUAAAAGCUGCUAUUUAUGAAGUAUCUAAAUGCAAUGAUAUAACACUGAUGAUGAAAUAAUAAUGUAUAUAUAUAAUAUAUGUGUGUGUGUGUGUGUGUUCUGUUAAAUAAAAUGGCAAUGUAUCAUGAUUGGAUUUUAAUUAUUUAAAAUAUUUAUAUUCUUUUUUAUUUAGAUAACUUCACAUGUAUAGCAGUCUUUAAUAUGCACUAAUGCGUUGUAGUGCGGGUAACCAAAUUUGCUAUUAAUACAAAAAUAUUAAAGCUAAUACAUAGAAAUAAUACAUAGAAAGUAGAUGAUUUGAUUUUUAAUAACAAAAGAUGAAGAUAGGCUGGAAGCGAUAAUGGAAAGAUUAGAAAAAUAUAAAAAAAUCUUAAAAUUAAUUUGAAGAAGAUAUAAAAAGAUGGUGAUAUUUAGAAAGAAAGGUGGAAAGAAGAAAAGAGUAAGCUAAAAUUUUGGGAUGGAAAAGACAUAGAGGAAGUGAGAUAAAUGAGAUAUCUUGAAUAUAUAUUUUUUAAUCAAACAAAAAACAAACAUAUAAGAAACAAACUAAGAAAAGAAAUAGCGAGAUAAAUAUGAAUUACAGAAAAAAGAAUGCUUGGAAAAGAUGUAAAGAAAAUGUUACAAUUUUUUUUACCUUUGAAUGAUAUUCAGAUAUGGAGCGAAAACAUGGGGAUGAAGAAAAAGAGAAGGAAUAGAAAGGAUAAAGGAAAAAUAUAAGAUAGAGUUUGGAGAAUAUCAAGAUAUAUGAUAAGGGAGGAAAUAUACAUAGAGAUAAGUUACAAAAUAAAGCAAGAAAAAAGGAAUUUGCUAAUAUGAAAUUAGAAUUUAGAAAAGAUAUUAGCACAAAAGCUGGAGAAUUUGAAACUAAAUAUAAAAAAGGUUGUAAACAGAUGGACAUUUAACAAGAUAAGAGAUGGAAGAAAUGAAAUUUUUCAAAGAAAAAGAUAUAUGUAGGAUAUAAGGAGAGCAUGAAGAAAAGAGAAGAAGAAAUUCAGCAUAUGAGAAUAUUCUCCCUCUUAUCUUCUUCUACAAUUUCCUUUUCAUAUUUUAUAUCAUCUCAUCCAGAGCUCAUACUCUGGAUGAGAUAAAUAAAACAUGAAAAGGAAAAUGCAGCAGAAGGAGAAAUAGAAAAAAAAAUUGAAAAAUUGAAAUAUGAUAGAUGACUUGGGAGGAUAAAGAGAAUACUGCAGAUAAGAUGGAAGAAAAUUGCAAUUUAAAGAUUAAGAAAU